AUCUGCACAUGGCGGAAGUGGUUUUACCGUGUCAAGUUUUUCCCGAAUAUUUACAAAAUACAGCGAUGACAACUUUAAGGAGCUUUACAGAGUGACGUCGCUUGUUGGGGGCGAUUCUGCGCAGUGGUAUGCGCCUUGUUUUGUAUCAGAAUAAUACGGUUUUUCCGGUGAACGACGGGAAGCGUUCCUGCGGUGAAGGGUGGUCACAGCGGGGAGAAGCUGAAUGAAGAGCCGUCGAGGGUUUGUCAGCUGAUUGAAGACGAGCUGCUGUGGACCCUUGCAAUGGAUAAAGAGUUGACACCUUUGGACUGCCUGCUGCCCUCUGGCACACUCAAGAUCUGUCUGAUCAUUCUCAACCAGCCUCUGGAUGAGAGCUACUUGCACAUCCUGUGGAGUAAAGCUCUCUUGAGGGCAUGUGCUGAUGGAGCUGCCAAUCACCUUUAUAACAUCACCGCUGGAGAACGUGGCAGCUUCCUCCCCGACUAUAUCAGUGGGGAUUUUGAUUCCAUUACUGCCAAGGUCAAAGCUUUCUAUGCGGACAAGGGGUGCAAGCUGAUAGAAACAGCCGACCAGGAUCUAACAGACUUCACCAAGUGUCUGGCAAUCAUGCUGGAGGAGAUUCAGACAAGACGGUUACAGGUGGAUGCUAUAGUGACCCUGGGCGGUCUGGCGGGCAGAUUUGACCAGACCAUGGCAUCUGUCGAGACGCUCCACCACGCUCUGUCCAUGACACAGCUGCCCAUGUUUAUCAUACAGGGAACGAGCCUGGCAUAUCUACUCCGACCUGGCAGCCACCGACUUGGAAUGAACACAGGUCUGGAGGGGGACUGGUGCAGCCUCAUCCCAGUGGGAGGGCCGUGCCAAACAAUCACCACUGGACUCAAAUGGAACCUGAAUAACGAGGUCCUGCAGUUUGGGAAGCUGGUGAGCACAUCCAACACCUACGAGCCCGUCGCCCCUGGAAACCAGAGGAAGCCGGUCACUGUGACCACAGACCAGCCUCUACUGUGGAGCAUGGGCAUCCAGACAAAUACAGAAUAGCACAGAAAAGGUCUAUUUUCUCCGUUAGUGUCUAACUAAUCAGAACAUAACACAGGGAAUUCAGCAUCUUUGCUACAGCGGAGUCACUGGUCUUCUAUAUUUUGUAAAAAGUACAAAUAGAAAAACACCUUUAAACAUGACAGAAAUCUCACUUAAGUGCUUAUAUGAAUUGUGCAUGACUUGGCCCACUGAUAAUUCAAAACAGAAGAAAAAUGUCCUGGACAAUGCUUUUCUGCUAGCUCAUGGUUUAUUUCAGUGUGUAGGGAUGAAUUAAAAAUGUAUCACAGAGUAGUUUUGUCUCUACAGUUGAAAAUGAACCUCAUACAACCAGAAUCAUACAGCUGAUCCAUUUCAAGUACAGAGUACUGAGAUGACAGCAUAUUGUAGAAACAUCACAAACAAGUAGAGUCACAAUCGCAAACUUUAUAUUGUCAUUUAAAAGUGCAGGAUUCCACUUCAACAUGUGCCUUCUGUAUCAUCUUUUUUCACUGAUUAAAGAAUAAAAAGUAUUUCCACCUUUCUUCUUCUUCAGGUUAUAAAAUGUAGACUGCAAUGCUGAUUGCACAGACGGGAGAAAUCAAUGUGUGGGUUUUCAUUUGUUUUAUUUACACAGCAAAUACAAAUGUUGUGUACAGAACGUAAAAAUUGCCAUCCCCCUUCAGUCCCGAGCCCGUCAGCCCCAUAUCACUUUACAGCACCGUCACCCGUCCCCAGGUAUUGAAAAACGAUUUUCUCUGUCCAAGAUUUAACCAC